UUGUAGUUUUUUGUUACCGCUGAUCUUGGCGUUGAUAGAGUAGUCACGGGAGAGGAGUGUGAUUGUCGUGUUUUUAUUUUUUGGGACUAAAUCUAAAAAGAUAGUCUAAAAGCAAAAUACUGCAUGGGCCAACAGUGUCCGUGCGGUAUGUGUUACUGCUAUGUGUUUCCGGGGGAUCUUAUAGGAGACGGACUUGUAAACAUUGCAAGCGUGGUGCAGUGCCAAGUAAAGAGCUAGCCGUGCUGUAGCUCACGGCGCUUUGCUCUACGUGUAGCAGACAGGCAUGGGUUCAGGAAAUGUGAUCGCUCAGUUCAACGAGCCUUAAACAGCACAUAGAGGCUCUGUUAGCUGCAUAUUUCCAUCUGGUUUCCAUUAAUGUUCACAUGUUAACUAGUUAGUUAGACCGCUCAGCCUUUAGUGUAGAUAUGAAAUUACUCUUUCUUGCCUGUCUCAACCCUAACACUGGGAACCACACUACAGCUGAGAGAAUAAGGUCCCACAUUGAAUCAGCAGGACACACUUGUGAGCUCAGAGAUGCAACAGAAUUUCAGUCACCUGCUGAGGUGGCAAACUUAGUGUCUCGAAAUCCUCCAUUUGAGGGUGCACUGGCCAUUCAUCUGUUCAGAGCAGGCAGACUUCUCUUGGACAUCCAAGUACCCUUUGGCGUCAUCUUUGGCGGAACAGACAUAAAUGAAGAUGUGAAAGUUGAACAGAAGCGCGUGAUUAUGGAGCAGGUGCUACUGAAAGCCAGGUUUGCAGUUGCAUUUACUGACAAACUGAAAGAAGAGGCCGAGUUAUUUCUGUUGUCCCAGAGCAGCAAAAUCUAUGUCCAACCCCAAGGUAUCCAGACGGAAGCGACAGAGAAAUUCUGCUGGGCUGAAUUCUUGAGAAGCUCAGGUGUAAGCAGUGAGCAUGUGGAUGAGCUGCGUGUCUUCCUGUUGGUCUGUGGUCUCAGAAGAGUCAAAGACCCCCUCUAUCUGGUGGAGGUAUUUUCAGAGUGGCAUUGUGAGAAUCCGCUGAAUGUGCUGGUCAUUAUUGGGCCAAAGAUUGAUCCUGUACUUAGUGUUGAAGUGGAAGCUGUCGCUAAAAGAACAGCAGGGGUCUUUUUGGCCCAGGAGAGGAGCCAACAGGAGCUUCAUGCUGCCAUGAAAAGGUGCUUCGCUGUGGUCAACAGCUCCAUCUCAGAGGGCAUGUCAGCAGCCAUCUUGGAGGCCAUGGAUCUCGGGGUACCUGUGUUGGCCAGGGACAUUCCAGGAAAUGCAGCUGUGGUGCAGCAUGAGUUCAGUGGCCUGCUGUACUCUUCUCCUCAGGAAUUUGUGCAUCAAUCUCAGAGGCUGUUGUCAGAUCGUGAGCUGAGAGAGAGCGUGGUGAGGAAUGGAAAACUCUACGUGGAAGAGCAUCACAGUCUGAAACAGGAGAGAGAAACCUACCAGCAGCUGGUGGACAUUCUGCACUGAGCAUAAGGUCACAGCAUUCAACCCCACUCUGUAUACUCCACUCUGUAUACUUUCUCAGGAACUUCAGCAACAGAGAACAGGGAAAUACAUCAGUGUAUUUACCAGACAUAGGUAUAACUACCACAGGUGUCUUUUAGAAAAUCAGGCUACAAAGAUGUCUGUACAAAAUGAUCCUGUUUCACCUGCACUGCCACAUUGAAGUUAUGCUGCAGAGCACUUUGAACCAAAGACCUAUAGCAGAAAUGGUUGAUUGUCUUGUUAAUAUAUUUCAUUUACUGUAUUUGAAAUUGAUGAUGCACUGUUAUUUAUGGUCUAGUAUAACUAUAGGAAAAGCAUGAAUUCUCUGUUUAUCCAUUCUACUUAAUAAAAGAGGCAAACAACUCCACCAGUUGGUGAUCUGAAAAUGUGCGAUGGCUGUGAAAUUAUUGCUCAGUCUGCUGAAACAAAAAUGACAGUUUGUAAUACAAAAUUCUGGAAGUGCCAUUAAAUCUUUUUCUCUCA